AUGGCAGCUUUAUUUGGAGCAGUGGCCUCCCGGGCCUCUGCAAGGGCUCUUCAGACAAGAUUGCCCCUAACAACUUCCUCCCUUAGAUCAUACGCCACCGUCAACGCGAUACCGCCAAAGCCUCACCAUCGCGUGGUCAUUGUUGGAGGAGGCACGGCAGGUGUCACAGUUGCUGCGCAGCUGCUGAAGACCAAGGAGUUCCAAAAGGACGAGAUAGCCAUCUUGGAUCCGGCCAAGGACCACCACUACCAGCCUGGAUGGACCCUCGUCGGCUCAGGCCUCAAGCCUCUGAGUGACAUGAGCCGUCCUCUGUCCAGCAUCAUCCCUGAGAAUGUCACGCAUUAUCCUCUGCAGGUUUCCAAGUUUGAUCCCGAGAAUAACGAGCUCAAGACAACGGACGGCGUGGAGGUUUCGUACGAGUAUCUGGUGGUGGCCCCCGGUCUGGAGGUCAACUUUGGCGGUGUUAAGGGGUUGCCUGAGGCCCUGCAGGACUCGAGCAGCAAUGUGAGCUCCAUCUAUUCCAACAACACGGUUGAGCAGGUCUGGAAAAACAUCCAAGGGUUUAAGAAGGGGACGGCUAUCUUCACGCAGCCAGCGGGCGUUAUCAAGUGUGCUGGUGCCCCGCAGAAGAUCAUGUGGAUGGCCCUGUCCCAGUGGGAGAAGGACGGUGUGAGGAAGGAGAUCCUGCCGUACUUUGCUACUGGUGCUCCAGCCAUGUUCGCCGUGCCAAAGUACUCCAAGGCACUUGAAGAGCUGCGUGUGCAGCGCCAGGUGGAGGGGCUGUUCCAGCACAACUUGGUCGGUGUCGAUGUGAAGAGCAAGACUGCCACUUUCAAGAAUCUGGCAGACAACGGCAAGGAGGUCCAGAAAGAGUUUGGUUUUUUGCACGUGGUUCCUCCUCAGAAGCCCUGGAACUGGGUUGCCAAGUCCCCUCUCGCCGACUCUGCCGGCUGGGUGGAUGUGGACAAAACCACCACUCAGCAUAACAAGUUCACCAACGUCUUCUCGAUAGGCGACGCCUCUUCCCUCCCCAACUCCAAGACUGCCGCUGCCAUCUCUUCUCAGGCUCCUGUUCUCGUAGAUAACCUGCUCGCCGCCAUCCGUGGCAAAGAGCUCAGCGCUGGCUACACCGGCUACGCUUCCUGCCCCCUGCUGACCGGCCACAACGAGCUGAUGCUCUGCGAGUUCAAGUAUGGAGGUGUGCCUGACGAGACAUUCGCUAAGGUGCCCGGUAUCGGCAGCCAGGAUGUGCCACGACGGGUCUUCUACCACUUGAAGAAGGACUUUUUCCCCAGCGUGUACUGGAACAGCUUCGUGAAGGGGACUUGGUAUGGACCAAGGGCAUGGUUCAAGCCGGAUACUGCAAAGACUUCUGCGUAGAAAUCUACGGUUAAGGCCAUGGCGAGGAGGAAGAGUGAGAUUGCAAGAUUUACCAACCUCCAAAGCGUAACCUACCCCAUUCGAAUUCCGUUGUUUUUGUUGGAGAGACGUAAGAGUAAAUAGGGUCGCCCUCUGCAAGUAGGAUGGAAUUUUUUUCACAAGGGGCGUGGAAAGGUCGUACCGAGAUUAUACCAGAAGACUAUGUGAGAUGCUGAGGCUUUUCGAUAGUGCUCUUCAGCCAUUACAGUAGCUAUUCAGGCUUAAUGACUCAUUUUCUAACC